AUGAUUAGAAAAUUGCUUCCAGUUGUAGAAAUCUAUUUUCUGCUGUUUCUUCUGGCAGUGAUUGCAGACCGGCCUCCCCCAGUUAUUCGACAAGGUCCUGUGAAUCAGACUGUAGCAGUAGAUGGCACUUUAGUCCUCAGCUGUGUGGCCACAGGCAGUCCACUGCCCACAAUUCUGUGGAGAAAGGAUGGAGUCCUUGUUUCAACCCAGGAUUCUCGAAUCAAACAGGUGGAGAACGGAAUGCUGCAGAUCCGAUAUGCUAAGCUGGGCGACACUGGUCGGUACACCUGCAUUGCAUCAACCCCCAGUGGCGAAGCGACAUGGAGCGCUUACAUUGAAGUUCAAGAAUUUGGAGUUCCAGUCCAACCUCCAAGACCCACUGACCCAAAUUUAAUCCCUAGUGCCCCCUCAAAACCUGAAGUUACAGAUGUCAGCAGAAAUACUGUAACAUUGUCAUGGCAACCAAAUUUGAAUUCGGGAGCAACUCCAACGUCUUAUAUCAUAGAAGCCUUCAGCCAUGCUUCUGGUAGCAGCUGGCAGACCGUAGCAGAGAAUGUGAAAACAGAAACAUUUGCCAUUAAAGGACUCAAACCUAAUGCAAUUUACCUCUUCCUUGUGAGGGCAGCUAAUGCAUAUGGAAUUAGUGAUCCAAGCCAAAUAUCAGAUCCAGUGAAAACACAAGAUGUUCCACCAACAAGUCAGGGGGUAGACCACAAGCAGGUCCAGAGAGAACUGGGAAAUGUUGUCCUGCACCUCCACAACCCUACCAUCCUUUCUUCCUCUUCAAUUGAAGUGCACUGGACAGUGGACCAACAAUCUCAGUAUAUUCAAGGAUAUAAGAUUCUCUAUCGGCCAUCUGGAGCAAACCAUGGUGAAUCGGAGUGGUUAGUGUUUGAAGUGAGGACCCCAACCAAAAAUAGUGUGGUUAUCCCUGAUCUCAAAAAGGGAGUCAACUAUGAAAUUAAGGCUCGCCCUUUUUUUAAUGAAUUUCAAGGAGCAGAUAGUGAAAUCAAGUUUGCCAAAACCCUAGAAGAAGCCCCCAGUGCCCCACCCCAAAGUGUAACUGUAUCAAAGAAUGAUGGCAAUGGAACUGCAAUUCUUGUUAGCUGGCAGCCACCUCCAGAAGACACUCAAAAUGGAAUGGUCCAAGAAUAUAAGGUUUGGUGUCUGGGCAAUGAAACUCGAUAUCAUAUAAAUAAGACGGUAGAUGGUUCCACCUUUUCUGUGGUCAUUCCCUCUCUUGUUCCUGGGAUUCGAUACAGUGUGGAAGUGGCAGCCAGCACCGGUGCCGGGCCAGGAGUGAGGAGCGACCCUCAGUUUAUCCAGUUGGAUUCUCAUGGAAACCCAGUGUCACCCGAGGACCAAGUGAGCCUUGCUCAGCAGAUCUCAGACGUGGUGAAGCAGCCCGCGUUCAUAGCAGGGAUCGGGGCAGCCUGCUGGAUCAUCCUCAUGGUCUUCAGCAUCUGGCUGUAUCGACACCGGAAAAAGAGGAAUGGACUCACUAGUACUUACGCGGGUAUCAGAAAAGUCCCGUCUUUUACCUUCACACCAACAGUAACUUAUCAGAGAGGAGGCGAAGCCGUGAGCAGUGGAGGGAGGCCAGGACUUCUCAACAUCAGUGAGCCUGCCACACAGCCGUGGUUGGCAGACACGUGGCCAAACACUGGCAACAAUCACAAUGACUGCUCCAUCAACUGCUGCACGGCAGGCAACGGGAACAGUGACAGCAACCUGACUACCUACAGUCGCCCAGCUGAUUGUAUAGCAAAUUAUAACAACCAACUGGAUAACAAACAAACAAAUCUGAUGCUCCCUGAGUCAACUGUUUAUGGUGAUGUGGACCUUAGUAACAAAAUCAAUGAGAUGAAAACCUUCAAUAGCCCAAAUCUGAAGGAUGGGCGUUUUGUCAAUCCAUCAGGGCAGCCUACUCCUUACGCCACCACUCAGCUCAUCCAGUCAAACCUCAGCAACAACAUGAACAACGGCAGCGGGGACUCCAGCGAGAAGCACUGGAAACCACCGGGACAGCAGAAACAAGAAGUGGCACCAAUUCAGUACAACAUCAUGGAACAAAACAAACUGAACAAAGAUUAUCGAACAAAUGAUACAAUUCCUCCAACUAUCCCAUACAACCAAUCAUAUGACCAGAAUACUGGAGGAUCCUACAAUAGUUCAGACCGGGGCAGUAGUACAUCUGGGAGUCAAGGGCACAAGAAAGGGGCACGAACACCCAAGGUACCAAAACAGGGCGGCAUGAACUGGGCAGACCUGCUUCCUCCUCCCCCAGCACAUCCUCCUCCCCAUAGCAAUAGUGAAGAGUAUAGUAUUUCUGUAGAUGAAAGCUAUGACCAAGAAAUGCCAUGUCCUGUACCACCAGCAAGGAUGUAUUUGCAACAAGAUGAAUUAGAAGAGGAGGAAGAUGAACGAGGCCCUACUCCCCCUGUGCGGGGAGCAGCUUCUUCUCCAGCUGCUGUGUCCUAUAGCCAUCAGUCCACUGCCACUCUGACUCCCUCCCCACAGGAAGAGCUCCAGCCCAUGUUACAGGAUUGCCCAGAGGAGAUUGGGCACCUGCAGCACCAACCGGACAGGAGACGGCAGCCUGUGAGUCCUCCUCCACCACCACGGCCGAUUUCCCCGCCACAUACCUACGGCUACAUUUCAGGACCCCUUGUCUCAGAUAUGGAUACAGAUGCACCAGAAGAGGAAGAAGACGAAGCUGACAUGGAAGUAGCCAAGAUGCAAACCAGAAGGCUUUUGUUACGUGGGCUUGAGCAGACCCCUGCCUCAAGUGUCGGGGACCUCGAGAGUUCUGUCACGGGGUCCAUGAUCAAUGGCUGGGGCUCAGCCUCAGAGGAGGACAACAUUUCCAGUGGACGCUCCAGUGUUAGUUCUUCUGACGGCUCCUUUUUCACCGAUGCUGAUUUUGCCCAGGCAGUCGCAGCAGCAGCAGAGUAUGCUGGUCUGAAAGUGGCACGACGUCAAAUGCAGGAUGCUGCUGGCCGCCGACAUUUUCAUGCAUCUCAGUGCCCUAGGCCCACAAGUCCUGUGUCUACAGACAGCAACAUGAGUGCUGCUGUGAUGCAGAAAACCAGACCAGCCAAGAAACAAAAACACCAGCCAGGACAUCUGCGCAGAGAAGCCUACACAGAUGAUCUUCCGCCUCCUCCCGUGCCACCGCCUGCUAUAAAGUCACCCACUGUUCAAUCCAAGGCACAGCUGGAGGUACGACCUGUAAUGGUGCCAAAACUCCCUUCUGUAGAAGCAAGAACAGAUAGGUCAUCAGACAGAAAAGGAGGCAGUUACAAGGGGAGAGAAGUAUUGGAUGGAAGACAAGUUGCUGAAAUGCGAACAAAUCUAGGUGAUCCCAGAGAAGCACAGGAACAGCAAAAUGAUGGGAAAGGACGAGGAAACAAAGCAGCAAAACGAGACCUUCCACCAGCAAAGACUCAUCUCAUCCAAGAGGAUAUUCUACCUUACUGUAGACCUACUUUUCCAACAUCAAAUAAUCCCAGAGAUCCCAGUUCCUCAAGCUCAAUGUCAUCAAGAGGAUCAGGAAGCAGACAAAGAGAACAAGCAAAUGUAGGUCAAAGAAAUAUUGCAGAAAUGCAAGUACUUGGAGGAUAUGAAAGAGGAGAAGAUAAUAAUGAAGAAUUAGAGGAAACUGAAAGCUGAAGACAACCAGAGAGGCUUGUGAGAUCUAAUGUGAAAAUCAUCACUCAAGAUGCCUCAUGUCUGAUGACACAUGACGCCAGAUAAAAUGUUCAGUGCAAUCAGACUGUACAAAUUGUCGUUUUUAUUCCUCUUAUUGGGAUAUCAUUUUUAAAAUUUUAUUGGGUUUUUAUUGUUGUUGUUUGAUUUCUAACCCUACGAAGAACCUCCUUAUUCCCCUCGCUGUGGGAACAAACCAUUACACCUUACUUCCAGCAAAAAAAAAGUGUAUUGACUUCUUGCUUCAGUCAUCAGCCAGCAGGAGAGAACAAAACAGUUCUUUUGCAUUUUGACCCUGAGAUAUGGCAUUGCACUGCUUAUAUGCCAAGCUAAUUUAUAGCAAAAUAUUGAUCAGAGAUGCAAAGUUGAUUAUUCAACCUCACGCCAAGGGCUCUGAAAGUAUAAUCUUUCUAUAACAAACUGCUAAUGCAAAUUAAAACAUACUUCAUUUUAACAUGAUUUUAAAAUCAGUGUUUUAUACUACCCGUUGCUGGGAGAAACUAAAAAUAUAGCAAAUGCAGAACUACAAACAAUUCGAAUGGGGUAGAAACAUUGUAAAUAUAUACUCUUUGCAAUCCCUGGUGGUACUAUAUUUUGUCUUCAUUUCAAUCAUUUCCAUCAUUUGUUAUUGGAAAUAUACUUUUGGAUAAGUAGGGCUAAGCCAGUUGGAUCUCUGGUUGUCUAGUCAUUGUCAUAAGUAAGCCUAGCAAAACCUUGUUCUAUUUUUCAAUCAAAAAACAAUUAUAAAUACAUAUUACAAACAAAUGGAUGUUUUUAAUGACCAAUUGAGUAAAGACAUCCCUAUCUUAACUGGCCUAAAUUUCUUCUGGUAGUGUCAGUUCAACUUUCGGAAGUGCCACUUAAGGAAAUUUGAUUUUUGUUUUUGUAAUGCACUGUUUUUAACUUUUUUUUUUUUUUUUGGUUUUAAAAGCACAAUCACUAAACUUUAUUUGUAAACCAUUGUAACUAUUAACCUUUUUUGUCUUAUUGAAAAAAAAUGUUGAGAAUCGUUUUUAACCUGUUUUGUUAAUGCUCUAUGUUUGUAUUUGGAAUAUUUGAACGAUGACAGAUGGUGAAGUAAUGUGCAUACUUUAUUGUGGGCCAUGAACCAGAUGGUUCUUGCUUUUCCUGGACUUAAAGAAAAAAAGGUUUAAGUUUGUUGUGGCCAAUGUUGAAACUUACAAAAUUUCCUUAUAAGCUCAAAUGGAGGCAUUACUUGCUUUGAAUUGCCAAAUGAUGCCCUCUGACUAGAUUUUUAUGAUCCUUUUUUGUCAUCAUAGAAAUUUCUUUGACUUAAUAAUUGGUGCUAUUUAAAAAAAUGUACAUUUAUUCAUAUACAGGUAUCAGGCCUGGCCCCACUGGAAAGCAAAGCCAAACAAAACUGAACCACAAAAAAUGCUGGUGUUCACCAAAAACUAAAUGUGUUCAUUUAGAUAAUUCAGAAAAGUUCCAUAGAAAGGGUAUGCAGUACUAAGGGAAUAAUCCAUGUGAUUAAUGUUUUCAUUAUGUUCAUGUAAGAAGCCUCUUAUUUUUAGCCAUAAUUUUGCAUACUGAAAAUCCAAUAAUCAGAAAAGUAAUUUUGUCACAUUAUUUAUUAAAAAUGUUCUCAAAUACA